AUGGAGUUUCAUCAUAAGGAUUACCCGAAUCAUGUGUGUCGACUAAAGAAAUCACUAUACGGUCUCAAACAGGCACCCAAGGCUUGGUACCAGCGAUUCACUGACUUUGUCACUCUUCAGGGAUUCCACCAAAGUAAGUCUGACAACUCGCUGUUUGUCUAUCAGCAUGGCCGAGAUGUGGCGUAUCUUAUUAUAUACGUUGAUGAUAUCAUUCUCACUACUUCCUCGGAUGCACUGAGACAUCGGCUUAUGUCUGCUCUAUCUGGCGAAUUUGCCAUGAAGGAUUUGGGGCCUCUGUCUUAUUUUUUGGGUAUUCAGGUUAAACGGGAUGGCAACCACAUGUUUCUCUCUCAGGAGGCUUAUGUUCGGGAUAUUAUUCAUCGUGCUUCUAUGGACUCUUGUAAGCCAGUCGCCACUCCAGUUGACACACAGACAAAACUAUCCGCAGACUCCGGUGCCUUACAUGAUGAUCCUACUGCCUAUCGGAGUCUAGCCGGGGCACUACAGUAUCUGACAUUCACUCGGCCUGAUAUAUCAUACGCGGUUCAGCAAGUGUGCAUGCACAUGCAUUCUCCUCGUGUUAUCCAUUGGAAUGCGUUAAAGCGCAUCAUUCGAUACAUCCAAGGGACUUCCGCCUAUGGUCUUCAUCUCGGUCCGGCUCGAGACCUUUCUUUGUUAGCCUAUACGGAUGCGGAUUGGGCUGGAUGCCCGGACACUCGUCGGUCCACGUCAGGGUAUUGUGUGUAUUUGGGUGACAAUCUAAUCUCCUGGUCCUCUAAAAGACAAUCUACAAUCUCUCGCUCCAGCGCUGAAGCCGAGUAUCGGGGAGUCGCCAAUGUUGUUGCAGAUAUUUGUUGGCUUCGGAAUCUUCUCCUCGAAUUGCAUCAUCCGUUGUCUCGUGCGACUCUUGUUUACUGUGACAAUGUGAGUGCUAUAUAUCUCUCAGGUAAUCCAGUUCAACACCAGCGAACUAAGCAUAUAGAGCUGGAUAUACACUUUGUUCGCGAACAGGUCCAACGCGGUCACAUUAGAGUCCUUCAUGUGCCAUCUCGACAUCAGAUCGCUGAUAUAUUCACCAAAGGCCUCCCUCGUGUCCUAUUUGAUGAUUUCAGAUCCAGUCUAAGCAUUCGGCCUCCCAACGCUUCGACUGCGGGGGUGUAA